AUGUCCACGUCCUCGCCCGCGCUGGUCUUCUCCCGCUGCGGGAUACAUGGAUUCCACGAAGUGCUUGGCAUAGAUUCCGACGAGCUUCGCUUCUAUUGGGCGAUCGAAAGUACCGAGAAAGGCACCGCCCAAGCUGCCUACAGGAUUGUUCUCACUACGGAUCCGAAGGCCCUCGAGUCCCCAGGCCAAAAGAUAUCCGGUCUUGAUUGGGACUCUGGGCGUGUUCAGAGCAACGAACAACGAAACAUACUCUGCAAGCUGGACGAUGGUUUUAAGUCAACAUGCAACUAUUAUUGGCAAGUCACGGUAUGGGACGGCAGCGCUCGAGUCUAUCAAAGUCCGAUCCAGCACUUUUUCACAGCCUAUCCUCGAUCGCGUCUCUUGCCGCCCUACUCGAUGAAUCAAAAAUACAUGCCGCAUUCAAGUCUUAUUUUCCGCACCUGGUUUGAGAAUGAAGCCAACAGAUGGAAAGCCGUUUGGAUUGGAGAUGGAGGUGAUAAGCCUAUCUACCUCAGAAAAUCGUUCCAAUUGCCCCGGCAGCCAACUCGGGCUGUUCUGUUCGCUUCUGGAUUGGGGCACUUCAAUAUGAGCUUGAACGGGCAACCAGCUUCUGAUCAUCGACUCGAUCCUGGUUGGACCGGCUACCAUCAACGUGUUCAGUUCACUUCUUACGAUGUCACUGCUCAUCUGACUGCUGGAGAAAAUGUUAUGGGUGCUCAUGUUGGCAAUGGAUUUUAUGCAGGAGACAAGGGGGGUGAUGAUCGAUUCUUCUGGCCAAUGUAUGAGGACAACACAUAUGUUAGAUAUGGAAACGAACUCUGUUUCUUUUGCGAGUUGCAUAUUUUCUACGAUGAUGGGUCCCAUGAAACUCUCAUCUCAGACCCUACGUGGUCUGUCCAAAAGAGUGCCACCACGUUGGCCAACAUAUAUGCAUCGGAAACCCACGACCGGAGACUUUACCCUGACAACUGGGACACGGUCGGGUUUUCUGGCGAGGGCUGGAAUUCUGCCAAGCCAUUGACUGGUCCUCGUGGUCAUAUUUAUUACCAGACGCAGCCUCCGGUUGUGCUACAUGAGACUUUCAACCCGGUGAGAAGAUAUAGCCCUCGCAAAGGAGUGGUCUGCUUUGAUCUUGGUCAGAAUGCCUCAACAAUGGUUCAAAUCAUUGCCGAAGGCUCCGCCGGAUCAGAAAUUAUCGUGCGGUAUUCCGAGACCGUCAAAGAAGAUGGCACCAUUUUGAUGCCAGAUCCACUUUUCAAGGAGUUCGAGACAGGGGUUUUUUCUAAGAUCUAUCUUGCCGGCACAGGGAAGCCAGAAACCUGGGAACCAGACUUCAGCUUCACAAGUGCCCGAUACAUCCAAGUGGAAGGCGUGGGGCUUGAUGGAGAAGAGGGUCUCCCUAUAAUCCACUCCGCUGUUGGCCGCCAUAUUUCAUCUGCUGCUCGAAGACUCGGCACCAUGAAAACAGAUAAGCAAGAUGUAAAUGACUUGCUUAGCGCCCUUUACUGGACAUUCAACAGCAACUUAUUCAGCUAUCACACUGACUGUCCACAAAUUGAGAAGUUUGGUUGGCUCGAGGUGACACAUUUGCUUGCACCUGCUACGCAGUAUAUUCGAGACAUGGAAUCAUUGUAUACCAAGAUUCUGGACGAUAUUUUGGAUGCACAAGAGCCCAGUGGGCUCGUUCCGACAAUGGCACCAGAGAUUCGAUACAUGUGUGGCCCACUCCACGACACAAUUACCUGGGGUUGUGCCAUUUGUCUCUUACCGGAUAUACUGCUGCGAUACUAUGGCUCCACGCACGUCAUCCCCAAAGUAUACCCUGCCGCAGUGCGAUAUAUGGAAUACAUGCGCACGAAAGAACGAAAGGGCGGCCUGGUCGAACACGGCUUGGGAGACUGGGGCCGCGAUAUUGCUUUCGGCAAUCACCAAGCCAAUAUCGAGACAGCCAUUUACUACAAAUGCCUUCAAUGUGUUGAGAUGAUGGCCCGUGAGCUUGGGAAAUUGGAAGAUGCCACAAAAUACAAAGAAUGGUCUUCUCGUAUCUACGUGGCCUAUAACCGCCACCUUCUCGUUAAGGACGAUCCUUCGCAUCCGCAAGCGUAUUACACGUCUCUGGAUGACUUCCCUCGUCGUGACCAUACAGCAAUUGCUCAGGCUAUGGCUCUUCAGUUCGACCUAUGUCCAUCUGAAUACAAGAAAGAUGUCUUGGCCACAUUUAUUGAUGACACAUCGGAUGGACGGAUUCGAGCCGGCGAAAUCGGUCUAAGAUUUCUUUUCAACACUCUCGCCGAUGCCAAACGCCCAGAUCUGGUACUGAGGAUGGCGCGACAAGAGGAGCAUCCUUCCUACAUGCGAUUCCUACGUCGCGGCGAGACCACCCUAUUGGAAUUCUGGCAGGAUGAAUGCCGUAGCAAGUGCCACGACAUGCUUGGUACGAUUUAUGAGUGGUUCUACGCUGCAGUUCUUGGCCUGAAGCCAAUUGACAAUGCCUAUCGAACCUUCGAGGUUGAUCCCCCUUAUGAGUCUGAAUUUUGCCAUGUUCAUGGAUCCGUCGACUCGCCCUACGGGCUGAUCAAGAUAGAAUUCCAACGCAGUGCAGCUGACGAGGUGAAUCUUGAUCUGAGGGUGCCAUUUGGAACAUCUGCAGUGGUCAAGAUUCCUUUAUCAAAGCAAGCCGAGGUCAGGCGUGAAGAUGAGCCCAUGGAAAUUUGGAACUGUGGCGACGUAAAAGUCGAGCAUGGAUCUUACAGAAUUACUGUGCGAUCGUGA